UUUAUUCAAAUGACGUCACCACGCGACGGCAGCCUGACGUAAACUAUCUGCGACGCUGCACAGCGAGAGCGAUGGCGGUGUCCCAACCGAGGCUCGAGAAAGAGAGCGAUGACUGCUCUCUGCUGCCUUUAGUUCACGAUAUUAUCAAAUGCAUGGACAAGGACAGCCAGGAUGUCCACCAAGAGCUGGCCAAGCUGAAGGCGAAGAUCCAGGAGGCCCGGGAGCAGAUAUCCAACAUGCCCGGGAUAGAGAGCAGUCCGGCGGAGCAGCAGCAGCAGCUGGCCACGCUGCGGGAGCAGGUCCGGACCAAGAACCAGCUGCUGCAGAAGUACAAGAGUUUGUGUAUGUUUGAUGUGCCCAAAGCAUCGUGAAGCUGAAGGCAGGACUUCUGAUGUGACUGGGGCAAGGAGGACUUUUUGUGUGCGUGUUGAUUCCCUCGCCCAUGGAGCAGAUACAUGUGGGAUUCAAGAACACAGGAUGGACGUUUAAACAGAUGAACAAGAACUUAUUUUCCUCAGUUGUAUCGCAGUGCAAGAUGGUUUUUGUACGCCAGACAGCAUCCUCUUUUUCUCCUUGAGCAUUGCUUUGCGAUGAAUGGAAACUUUAAAGUAUUUGUAUUAAAUGUGUUUUUUUUAAUUGUCUAGUUUUCUUAUCUUGUGAUAUAUUGUAAUAAAAGUAACAGAUUAAGAAC